CGGCUGGUCAUUUAUUAUUUAAUGCAAUAGAAAUCACCGAUCAUGAGACUAUUCUUGUAACACUUGUUGAGUGUGAAUUUCAAUUAUAGCCUCGUACCAUUGUGUAUACAUCAAAAUUGGUGAUUUUGUACUAAAAGUUGCAUUUCUACGUAUAUUCAAUGAAUAUUUUCUGCGGAUUCUAAAUCUAUAGCAUUAAAAGGUUAUCGUAAUAAUAGGCUUAUAAAAGCCCUGUAGUUCAAUACAUGUUGCAAGUAUAAUCGGUUCAGCAAUUUUAUAAGAUGAAGUUGGUUCGCUUCCUUAUGAAACUGGCAAAUGAGUCAGUCACCUUAGAGUUAAAGAACGGUACUGUAAUGACUGGUACCAUCAUCGGUAUAGAUAUUUCGAUGAACACUCAUUUGAAGAAUGUAAAGAUUGUCAAAAAGGAUAACUCCGUCAUCCUCUUGGAUCACUUGACCGUCAGAGGGAAUAGCAUUCGCUACUAUUUGCUCCCAGAUAGCAUACCACUGGACACACUCUUGAUAGACGAUACACCCAAACAGAAGCCAGGAAGGCCAAAGCUCACGGUAGGAAGAGGCAGGGGCAGAGGAAGAGGUGGUCCCAUGCGUGGUAGAGGCAGAUUUGGGGGUCCAAGGCAUUAA